AUGCCCACUCCACAGAUCGCUCUCGGUGGCAUGGACUGCUCCAAGAACGAGGGCGCGGUGGCCGCCCUCCCCGACGACCCCCUGGUGGAGAUCCUCUCCCGCGUCCCUGCCAAGUCCGUCUGCCUGUUCAAGUGCGUCUCCAAGGCCUGGCGCGACCUCAUUGCCGAUCCUCACUACCGGAAGAAGCUCCCCCAAGCUAUGCAAGGACUCUUCUUCAUGGUGCCAGAGGACCUUUUCCGUGUCAGUUUCAGUUUCAUCGAUCUGACCGUGCCUCUAGAUAUCGACCCUGCCUUCUCCUUCCUGACAGAACGGCCUGGGUUGGAGAACCUCGGCUUGCUUGCUGGAUUCCUGCAACGGUCUUAUCCUCUUCAAGAACUACCAGGAGCCGCCGCCAUAUCCUCUCACUUCCACUUGGUCCAGUUCCAGAUAUCUGUGCCGGAUGAGAUGUUGGUGUUGCUGCAUGUUUACUCAUCUAAAAAUGGGACCUGGAGUCGCAACCAAAUUGACUCUCAAGAAAAUCAAGGACCAUUGGCAGAAUGGCAUCAUCGGGGCAUAGUAUCUCGUAGGGACCCUGAGUGUGCCUUUGUUAAUGGCUUCCUGCAUUUCAUAGUUGGGGACUCGGAUCAACAUCAGAUAGUUUCUGUAGAUGUACAAGGCAAGGCAAGAAGGGUGAUCACAGUGCCAGGUGUGGCUGAUGGGAGGCACCGGUAUUGUUAUUUAGGGCAGUCCCAAUGGUGUCUGCAUUAUAUGACUCAGGAAAUGUUUGAUGAUCAGGAAGACAGGUGCAUACUGUCCAUCUGUGUUCUUCAGGAUUAUGAUACACAAUGGGUGUUGAAGGACACUGUGAGCGCCCUGGAGAUCUUUGGGCACUUUACUAGGGACAUUUUGCACGUCAUCGUUGGCAUUCAUCAAGAUCGUAAGGUGGUCUCUUUUCAGUCCUUGAGGAGUAAUCUGAUAGCAUAUGACAUGGACCAUAAGGAAGUGAGUGUUAUUGCCACUUUCGAAGUUCUGAAAAAGCCGCUCCGUUUUGCUCAUUAUGUUCCCUAUUUCUCAGAAUCCCCGGCUCUCACAAAUUAG